UUCUAGGUCAAAUGAUUAGUUCUGUGACAAGACAGCAUGACACUUUGAGUAUGACAGAAGCCCUGAUGCUGCAGCAGAGGCUGGGAAUAUUAAUGGCCAAAUGUAGAGAUCACAUGGUCUUCUAAAGAAGUCAUGGGUAGCUGUUGUAGCUGUCCAGAUAAAGAAACUGUCCCAGAUAACCACCGAAACAAGUUUAAGGUUAUUAACGUGGAUGAUGAUGGUAAUGAACUGGGUUCUGGCAUAAUGGAACUUACAGAUACAGAACUAAUUUUGUACACCCGUAAAAGGGACUCUGUAAAAUGGCACUACCUCUGUCUCCGUCGCUAUGGCUAUGACUCAAAUCUUUUCUCUUUUGAAAGUGGCCGAAGGUGUCAAACUGGACAAGGAAUCUUUGCCUUUAAAUGUGCCCGUGCAGAAGAGCUAUUUAAUAUGUUGCAAGAGAUAAUGCAGAAUAAUAGCAUAAAUGUGGUAGAAGAACCAGUAGUAGAAAGGAAUAAUCAUCAAACUGAGUUGGAAGCUCCAAGAACCCCUCGAACACCUACCACUCCUGGGUUCAAUGCACAAAGUUUACCUAAUGGCUAUCCCAGAUAUCCAUCUUUUGGAGAUGCUUCAUCACAUCCUUCCAGCAGACAUCCUUCUGUUGGAAGUGCACGCCUCCCCUCUGUUGGUGAAGAAUCAACACAUCCUUUACUUGUAGCAGAGGAGCAAGUGCACACUUAUGUCAACACUACUGGGGUACAAGAGGAAAGAAAAAAUCGAUCAAGUGUGCAUGCGCCACUGGAAUCAAAGCUUUCUAACACUGAAACGACUAAAGUGAAAGAAGAUCAGAUGUGUACUGAUGACAGAGAUGCUCAGGUUCUCCUGGAGCCUGAAGGAGUCAAGUUUGUUUUAGGACCAACACCUGUUCAAAGGCAGUUAAUGGAAAGAGAGAAACUGGAGCAACUUGGGAGAGACCAAGUUAGCGGCAGCAGCACAAACAACACUGAAUGGGACACUGGGUACGACAGUGAUGAACGUAGAGAAACACCAUCUGGUAAUAAAUUGGUGUAUGAAAAUAUAAAUAGGUUAUCAAUCCCUAGUGCCUCAGGGGUCAGGAGAGGUCGUUUGACAUCAACCAGUACCUCAGACACCCAGAACAUUAACAACUCUGCUCAGAGGAGAACUGCGCUGUUGAACUAUGAGAACUUGCCAUCCUUGCCUCCUGUUUGGGAAGCCCGCAAGCUGAGUAGAGAUGAAGAUGACAGUUUAGGACCAAAGACCCCAUCUCUGAAUGGCUACCACAAUAACCUAGAUCCAAUGCAUAAUUACGUCAAUACAGAGAAUGUAACAGUACCAGCAAGUGCUCACAAAGUAGAAUUUACCCGACGUCGGGACUGUACCCCAACAGUCUUUAACUUUGACAUUAGGCGUCCAAGUUUAGAACACAGGCAGCUCAACUAUAUACAGGUUGACUUGGAAGGUGGUAGUGACUCCGACAACCCUCAGACUCCAAAAACCCCCACCACUCCACUUCCGCAAACUCCAACCAGGCGCACAGAGCUGUAUGCUGUGAUAGACAUUGAAAGAACUGCUGCUAUGUCAAGCUUGCAAAAAGCACUGCCCCGAGAUGAUGGUACUUCUAGGAAAACUAGACAUAACAGUACUGACCUGCCUAUGUGAGCCUGGGAAGCGUUAAAUCAUUUGCACCUUUUGUGAAGUUUAUAAAAUUGAAGAUGCAAGUACUUUGCAUUUCUUAACACUAACGCCUUUUAUAGACUAAUAGAACUUUUUCUGCAUACUUCAUGUACUUGUCUAACUAAAGGGAAUUAAUGUAGAGCAAGUAUUCAUUUAGGUAACACUAUUUCAUUCUACAGUAGUAGUAAUUACCGCAUAGCAGCGUCACCACCUUUCACAGUGCCUCUUUAAAUUGAUUAGUGUCUGAGUGACAUGCCAGUGUUGAAUUUAUGAAUAUUCUGGUCUGGUGCCUAUACUCAUUAAUGGCAUUUAUAACACUUUUUAAAGCCUCUUGAUAUGUGCAUUAUUAGCAGGUAAACCUCAUCUUUCAAGAUACAGAUCUUCUGUUCAUUCCUCAUUGAAGUGGCUCCUCCAGAAUGAAAUGUAUGUAAUGCAUUAAUUCACUCAGUUUGACAUACACAAGAUACGUUGGUUCAUCUCAAGGGAUAAUAAACACCACAGCUUUUGUCUUUUUUUUUUUUUAAAGACCACAUGGGCAAGAAGGCCUCUGAUUCUCGAUAGUUUUCUUAACUUGUGUGAUAUUUGAGAGGUCACACUGAAGUUCAUUGAUCAGAGCUAUAAACGCAUCUAAACCCAGCCUUAAGCUCCUUCCACUAGAAGAGAAUUCUGAGUGGUGGAUCAAGUUCCCUGUGAAAUCUGGCAGAAUUUUAAUCUCUAAUAUUAGAGUU